AUGGAGCGGAUUAUCCUCAUAUGCGUGGUAUCCACCUGUCUCUCAGUCGUGCAUGCUCAGAAAUUUCUGUUCAGCUCAAGAUGGGGCCCCAGGGGUUAUAAAGAGCAUGAAAAGCGUGGAGAUGGGACGGCAAUGGAUGAAAUUAUUAAAGCUAAUGCGUUCCAAGGGUCACAAGUCAUAGAUGGUUCUACCAAUCUCAGAGAGGGAGACAUCGCUGUGUCUACUGGAAGGCGCUCCAAAGUCUGCUUUGCACGCACCUGCGUCUGGCCUAAGUCUGUGGAUGGACAUGUCUACAUUGCAUACAAAAUGUCACCUGAAUACUCUGAGAUCGAGACAAAGAUGAUAAAGAAAGGAAUGGAGAACAUAGAGAAAGAUACGUGUGUGCGGUUUGUUCCCCAGACACACCAGCGAGACUACAUCGACAUCCAGCAGAAGUCUGGGUGUUGGUCCUACCUUGGUGCGCGUGGUGGAAGACAGACUGUGUCUCUCGAGAGCCCCAGCUGCUUCGGAAUUGGAGUGAUUUCCCACGAGUUCAUGCAUGCCCUGGGCUUUGUGCAUGAGCAGUCACGCGUCGACCGGGACAAAUAUGUCACCGUCAUGUGGCCAAACAUUUGGAGGGAUCGUUUCAGGAACUUUGAGAAAUUCAAGACUGACAAUUUGAACCUACCAUAUGACUAUGGCUCAAUCAUGCACUUUGGAAUGUAUGCCUACUCUCAGGAUGGGAAGCCUACUAUCGUUCCUAAGAACAGCAAGGACAUAAAGCUGGGCCAAGCAUUGUCUCUCAGCCACAUCGAUAAGUUGAAAAUCAACAGGCUUUAUAAAUGUGGUGGCAAGGACGAUAACUGA